AUGACGCCGCGCGGCGAACGUAAGACGUCAUCUCCCCUCCUCUCCCUUCCCAGCGCCGCAGUGACAAUAACAAGGAAGUGAGCGGAGCGGAGCGGACGGAUCCGGAGCCGGCCGCAGCGAGUCCCCGCGCCCGCACCGAACCCAACCCAACCCAACGCCGCGCCGCCAUGAACAGCAAAGGCAAGGGCGCGGGGGAGCCUGGGCCCCCCUCUCCGCCGGUCGCCGGGCCCCGGGCCGCGGCCUCUUUAGAGCGGGCGUCGCCGUCGGUUACCGUGAGGCCGAGCCCGUGAUGGGCGGGGAGUCCUGGCCAGUGGGAGCGCGGCGGGGGGCGGGGGCUCGGUUUCCAUGACGCCGCACGCCUGGGCCUAGUCGUUAACCCCUUGGGUGCCGCACGGCCGCUGUGGGGGGGGUGGGCUCCAAGGCCCGAGUGCUUCCCAGGCGGCUGGGCUGGCGUGAGUGAGGUGGUCUGGAGGUGGGGGAGGGUGAGCGUCGUGGAGACAGGAGGGGGAGGGGAGGGGAUGUGGGGUGGUCCCCAUGAGGAGGGGGAGGGCUGGUUUUUUUUUUUUUUUUUUUUUGGAGGUGGAUGCCUGUCGUAGCUAAGAGGCAGUGGUGGCAGCUAUAGGAGCCGGUGGUCAUGGAUCAAGGUCAAUAUCCGACACAGCCAUCCUACCCAGUGCAACCUCCUGGUAAUCCUUCUGUGUACCCACAGACAAUGCCUCUUCCUCAAGCGCCACCUUAUACUGAUGCACCUCCUGCUUACUCUGAGCUCUAUCGUCCAAGCUUUGUGCAUCCAGGGGCUGCCACUGUACCUACUAUGUCUGCUGCAUAUCCUGGUACUUCUCUGUACCUACCCAUGGCACAGUCUGUGGCUGUUGGCCCAAUGGGCUCUUCAGUUCCAAUGGCAUAUUAUCCUGUCGGUCCCGUCUACCCUCCUGGGUCAACUGUCCUUGUUGAAGGUGGUUUUGAUGCCGGAGCAAGGUUUGGGGCUGGUGCCACUGGUAGUGUUCCUCCACCCCCUCCUGGCUGCCCUCCCAAUGCAGCUCAGCUGGCAGCCAUGCAGGGUGCCAAUGUGUUAGUGACGCAACGGAAGGGAAGCUACUUCAUGGGGGGCUCUGAUGGUGGCUACACUAUCUGGUGAACACAGAGGCGAUGUUUGUGUAAGAAAAGACAUCACAUACUGUCAGCACUUCUCACAAUGUAACUGCUUUAGUCAUAUUAACCUGAAGUUGCAGUUUAGACACAUAACGGUGGGGUGUCUUCCUGGUGCCCAACCCUUCAGGCACUUUUAAAAUUUAAUAAGAAACCAUGUAAUGGUAGCAGUGCCUCUAUUAAAGAGGGGUUAAUUAAUGAAAUGAAUGUGAGCUAAGCAGCCCCACAGAUCUUCCUUUAAUUCCACUGGAGUAAUACUGCAGCACUGUCUCUUGGCUUUUAUUAAUCAACUGUCUAUAAAUUAUAGUAUCAAACUAUAAUUCUUGCAGCUCAAUCUCAAAUCUAUUGCUUAUCAAUAGGAGUGAGAUUCAUGAUGCUCUUUCUCCUUCAAUAGAAUCAAUGGUGCUGGAUAGAAAGCCAGCACAUUAAAUUUCUCUGGUGGCCAAAUAGGGCUUUUUCUCCCUCACGACCUCACAGUAGAAUGGAUCCCUUGAAGCACUCUCUGUGCUCACAUUCGCUCUUCAUUUUUCUCCAGGAAGGUAUGCAGCUUAGGUGUGACAUGGGAUGGUCUUUUGGUACAUUCCCACUAGCAUUGGGACUCCUUUGCACGUUGAGUCUAGUCAAAGCCACGCUUCAGCGCCUGAAACACAGUGCAACUCCUGUUCGAACAUUUCAUUAAAUGCAAACUAGACUUUUAAACCUACAGCUUAAUAACAAAACCACAUUUUUAAAAGCAACUUGGUGUCUUGACAGCAAAACUUAAGGUUAUUGCUCAGAACAGAGAGAUGGGUUUCCAUCUGUGCUUGAGUGUGUAGCAACUGUCAAUCAACACAGGUUAGCUCGGUGAAUGGCUUGUUUUAUGAAUGCAUCCUUUUAAAAAUGACUUGAGUAUAAUGAAGUCUUAUUAGGGUUAAGAAGAAUAUUUCAGGGAUCCUCAAUCUUUUGGUUUUUAUUUUAUGAAGAAAAAAAUCAGAUUUGGUGAAUAUAUUUUAUCUUGAGGUUUCAGUUGAAUCUAAAUCUCUGUAUUCUAUGUUGUGUUCAACCGUACAACUGACUGUUCUGGAAGUUCAGCAUUAUGUCUCUCUCUGUAUACACUGUGGUGCACUUAACUUGUGGAUUUUUUUUAUACUAAAAAAAGUAGAAUAAAGACUAUUUUGAAAAUUUGAAUAAAGUGACAAAGUUGCAUUAGACCUCA